AUGCUUUAUGAGAAAGGAAAAGCACCCAUCCCAUGUGUGGAUAAAGCAAAAUCUUCUUUCUGCACAAAUGGUUCUAGUAAAUGCAAGUCACCUAUUCCUUUGGUGAAGUAUGCAUUUAUUAAGCUUUGUUGUGGAACUUGUUAUGCAAUUGAUCCAAAUUUCUUGCCAAAGAAGGUGUGA